AUGGAUGACAACAAUCUUCGAGUUGUUUUGAAAAUACACAAGCGAUCGUCCUUGGAGGCCUCUCCGUCUCGGACUUGGAAGGCGCAGGAGACUUCAACAGACCCCUCAGUCCCCAAUCCUAAGAGACAACGAACGAAGGCUAUAAGCGAAGAGCAUAGUCUAGUAAUCCCGUCACCGCCAAAACCCGAUUCAAAAGGGGCAUCACCACCUGCUGAUGAAACGGUAGCGCAUCCAAUUUUUUCGUCGAAGCGAAAGCGACAGCUAUCCGACAGCGGAAUAACGGACUCGAGACCGGCGGAGCAGACAAUUUCAGGCAAUGAAAAUAGAUCCUCCUUACCACUCAAAGAUGGAAAAAAUCCGCUGCCAGAGAAAGCGCUUUGUGAGAUUCUGGACAAACUGCAAAAGAAGGACUUGUAUGGGGUGUUCUCUGUUCCAGUGAAUCCUGCUGAGGUUCCGGACUAUUUUGACGUCAUUUCUCACCCCAUGGAUUUCAGCACCGUGAGGGGAAGGGUUGCAAAGAAACUUUAUACGUCAUGGCGCCAAUUCGAGGAUGACGUGUCCUUGAUCUGGAAGAAUGCCAUGAUCUAUAACGCCGAGGGGACCAUUUAUUACAAGCAGGCUAAAGCUAUGCAAGGAAUGGCUCAGAAGAUUUUUCCAGCAGCAGGUUCCAACGAGAUUUACCCAAGAUCUGGAUUUGGAAGGGGAUUUCGAGGUCGUGGAAGGGGAAGAGGUCAACCCGGUCGUCCUAAAAGGAUUCCUCUAUCUGAUCCUGCGCAGAAGGACACUCAGUCCGGUCGUAGAUUUUUGGGCCAGAGAAAGGAUGCCGUUCCGUUGGUGGAUGACAAGCAAGAUCGUCUGGUGUUUGGGAUGGAUGAACGAUCGGAGAAUGCGUCCACCUCAUCACCUGGUGCUCCUGCAAUCACUGCAGCUGCUUUUGGGAAGCAGGGUCUGAAUUCGCUGCAACGGCUUGGUGGGUUGUCAUCCCCAGUAAGAGCUGGUUCAACCUCAUCGUCUGACCCUGGAGACAAGAACGCUGCAGACCAUCUGAACAAAAUGGUAGAAGGCCAUCAUGCAGUGUUUUCUCAGAAUGGCUUGAAAAAUAGCCCCCUCUGGGCGGCUCUUGAGGCUGGAAAGAUUGAUGGUCUUCUGGGGAGCCCUCUCAAUUCAAGCAAGGGUGCUUCUGUUGGAGAUGGCAGUGGAGCCCAAGCUGUAGCAACCUCCAACCAAGCUGCACAAGCCCUGGCUGCCUCUGUCUCAAAAGGAUCAUGGCCGGGUGGUCUUCCAGGCAAUGCAUGGCUUGCUGAAUUUUCAUCCCAGCAACAGCAAGCAGCGAACGCGACUGCGUAUGGAUCUCUCAAUGCUCUUACGCCCGCAACACUUGCUGACGUCCUGCAGCAGCAACAAGGGACUAAUCCAUCAACAUCCUCGUUGAGACCUGGUUCCUCAUCAGCUGCUCGGAGCAUGAUGGCUGCCCUGGAUACACUGAAGGCUCAUCAUGGCCUUCACAGCAAUUCGGCUGGGUCGUCGUUCUCAUCUGCUGCAUUCAGUGCAGCAGCUGCAGCUGCGUCAAACCAUGCUUCUGCCUCUGCAUCUGCUGGUUUACCCGUUGCUGAUGCACAGCCUCCCGCGUCGUCCGGUCAAAACGAGGAUGCGGGCCCGUGGACCGUUUCAAACGACUAUCCUGAAGAUUACGUCCUUGUGUCGACGGAUCCUGAAGAUCUCGAGGCGACGCUGAGGCGAAUCGCGGAGGAGAAUGAGAUUCUCAAGAAGAGGGUCGAGGAGGCGACGGCGGCGGCGACGGCGCAAGCGGUCCAAGUCGCGGGGGAGCGCAAGGCGGGAGUUGACGUCACUCGGCCGCGAGCGGGUGCUGUGGCUCCGUCUGCUCCGCCGCCAGACGUCGCAGCGGUAAUCGCUGCGUCGUCUGCGUCGCCUGCGACGGCUGGUGCUCCCGCUGUGGCGCCUCCUCCCCCGUCUCCAUCUCCUGCUGCUCCUGCUGAAGAGAAGACCACGCCAGUCGCCGCAUCUGCCGAGUCGCCGGGCGACGCAGCGACGGCGUCGCAGCGGAACGCGGAGCUGGAGAGGGACAGGGAGAGCGCCAAGCACACGGCGGAGGGGAGCGAUGGGCCAAUCAAGAAGACUGAGAACCCCAUCAGCAUUGUCUUCGUGGCAUCCGAAGUGGCGCCCUACUCCAAGACAGGAGGCCUUGCUGACGUCACGGGCUCGCUCCCAUUGGCUCUGGCGGCACGUGGCCACCGUGUGAUGGUGGUGGCGCCUCGUUACAUGAAUGGCGUCACGGACAAGCUCUACGCUGGCGCGUUCGAUUGCCAGUGCCGCAUCAAGUGCUUCCUCUUCGAGGGCGAGCACGAGGUGGCCUUCUUCCACGAGUUCCGUGAUGGGGUUGACUUCGUGUUUGUGGACCACCCGUCCUACCACCGCCCAGGCACGCCCUAUGGCGACUCCAGAGGGGCGUUCGGCGACAAUCAGUUCCGGUUCGCGCUGCUGUGCCAUGCGGCAUGUGAGGCGCCUCUGGUGCUGCCGUUUGGAGGGUUCACGUACGGGGAGAAGGUGGUGUUUGUCGCCAACGACUGGCAUGCCGGGCUCGUGCCUGUCCUUGUGGCCUCUAAAUACCGCCGCUACGGCGUGUACAAGGACGCGCGCACCAUCAUUGCCAUUCACAACCUGGCCCACCAGGGCGUGGAGCCCGCAUACACCUUUGGCAGCCUGGGCGUGCCCGGGGAGUGGUACGGGGCGCUGGAGUGGGUGUUCCCCGAGUGGGCGCGGAAGCACGCUCUGGACAAGGGCGAGGCAGUGAACAUCCUCAAGGGGGCCAUUGUGACUGCCGACCGCGUGCUCACUGUUAGCCAGGGUUAUGCGUGGGAGAUCACGACAGGGGAGGGCGGAUGGGGCCUAGAUGGACUGCUGCGUGGAAGAAGCAUCGUGCUGAAUGGAGUGACGAAUGGCAUAGACACCGUUGACUGGAACCCAGCCACGGACAAGCACAUUCCCUCACAGUUCACAGCAGAGGACUUAGAGGGCAAGGCGGAGUGCAAGGCAGCGCUGCAGAAGGAGCUGGGGCUGGCCGUGCGGCCUGAGGUGCCCCUGAUUGGGUUCAUUGGGCGUCUGGACUGGCAGAAGGGGCCGGACGUGAUUCAAGCAGCGCUGCCUGAGCUUAUGACCGACAACGUGCAAUUCGUGAUGCUGGGCAGUGGAGAGCCGGACCUGGAGGCAUGGAUGAAGUGGGCGGAGAGCGCCUACCCCGACAAGUUCCGAGGCUGGGUGGGCUUCUCUGUGCCCAUGGCGCACCGCAUCACUGCUGGCUGCGACAUCCUCCUCAUGCCGUCGCGCUUCGAGCCGUGCGGGCUGAACCAGCUGUAUGCAAUGCGGUACGGAACGGUGCCAGUGGUGCACGCAACGGGCGGGCUGAGGGACACGGUGGAGGAUUUCAACCCGUUUGCCAACGGGGGUGCAGGCGCCGGCACGGGGUGGUCCUUCUCACCUCUCACCCAGGAAGCCAUGAUGGGGGCACUGUGGAUGGCCAUUCAGACAUCACCUGUGACUAUAUCGAAGGCACACAAGCGAACUGCUCGGCGGAAAAUCGCUGCAGCGGCGGCAGAAGCGGGAAAUUCGGCGAUCGACGUAGAGGCCGAGAUUAAGAACGAGAAGGUGCUGGUUCUUGGUGGGAGUGGAUUUGUAGGCUCCGCUGUGGCAAAAGCAGCGGCUGACAGAGGCAUUGACGUGGUCAGCCUGAGCAGGUCCGGCCGACCCUCCGUCUCCAACGAGACGUGGGUUAACAGUGUCACAUGGGAGACUGGCGACGUGUUCUCCGCCAACUGGCCUGUGCUUCUAACGGAUGUGACUGUAGUGGUGUCCUGCAUCGGGGGGUUCGGCACAGACGAGCAGAUGGAGCGGAUCAACGGAGAUGCUACAGUGGUUGCGGUUGACGCAGCUAAAGACUGUGGCGUGCGCAAGUUUGUGUUUGUGUCGGUGCACGAUUACAACCUGCCCGAUUUUGCCAAGGAGAAUGGAUAUUUUAAUGGCAAGAAAAGAGCCGAGACGGCGGUUCUUGAUGCGUUCCCCAACACAGGAGUUGUGCUGAGGCCGGGAUUUAUCUACGGAAAAAGGCGGGUAGCAGGGGGUGUGGAGGUUCCGCUCGAUCUGAUUGGCCAGCCGUUGGAGAAGCUGCUGUCAGCCACUAAGGAUAUCACAAAGCUACUUUCCCCUCUUCCAGCCUCCGACCUGCUUUUAGCGCCUCCUGUAGAUGUUGCUGAUCUUGCAGCUGUAGCGGUGCGAGCCGUCGUUGAUGACUCGGUUGCAGGGGUAUACAAUAUUGAGGACAUCAAGAGGCUGGCAGUGCUGGUGCUGCCUUGCUGUUCUAUCAUUAAGAAUUAA